AUGGUGGAGGAUCAUAUGUUGAUACAUGAACAGGAUAUUAGGAAGAUUACGGAAGGGUUGGGCGCGUCAAAGGAGUAUUAUUGGUAUCAUGAUUAUAAGAGGGUCGAGGGGUGGGAAGGGUUUGUUGAGGAUGCUGCUAGGCCACGAGAGGGCGAGGAGGGGACGGUUACGGAGGAUACCGUGUUGGUUAUGAAUGGUGGUGCGCAUUGGUCAAGACACGAGCUCUCAAUGCUUCCAGCCGGAAAAUCCGACGAAGAAGAACAAUCUCGCGUAGUAGCUACAUACAAACAAAUGAUGAACCUCGUCAUAUCCCGGCUCUCCCCAAUCCCCCAACUCUCCGUAAUCUACCGUGCAACCUCCCCAGGCCACCCAAACUGCAACCUCCUCACCGUCCCCUACCGCUCCUCGGAAGCAGCCCAAAUCGGCGAACGCAACCUCGUCGAACGGCUCAUCUCAACCAUGCCGGACGAGCAGUGGCGCACCUUCCGAAAACGAUGGGACUGGGAUUUGUUUGCUGUGCAUAAUGCACUUUGGGAGUGGAAGAUUGCAAGCCUUGAUAGGGUUCGCGAGGAAGGAAUGGGGGGCAGGGUAAAGUGGAUUUUCAUGGAUGUUUGGGACCAGGCGUUGCAGAGGCCUGAUGCGCAUACGGAGCCUGGGACGGAUUGUUUGCAUUGGAACUUGCCUGGAGUAUUUGAGCAGUGGACACACCAGAUAUACCAUGUCCUGUUUUUGGAGCGGGAGAGGAAGAGGGCAGGUGGGGUGUGACGUAGGUAGAUUAGCGAGCAUACCCUUUCGUGUACGCAUACAUUGUGUACGAUGUACUCCUUGUAUGCAUUGACCGCUACUGUUUA